AUGGAACCCAGCGGACAACGUCGCCUCUACUCCUGGCUUCGGUGGCGCACGUGGAAGAACAUCUUUCGGGAUUACUUCGAGGCCAGCUCGUGCCAUGGAAUGCGGUAUAUUGUGGAACCGGGGCUAUCCCUUCUGGAACGCACAUCCUGGUCCAUGAUGGUGACACUAUCCCUGUGCUGCUGCAUCUCCGGCAUCAUCUACACACAUCUGCGCUGGCAGGAGAAACCGCUGAUCGUGAGCUUCUCGUCGCGAACGAUCAAAGUAUGGCAGAUACCGUUCCCGGCGAUAACGAUCUGCCCUCAGACACGCAUCGCGGCGGACAUUUUCAAUGUGACGGAAGUGUAUCACCGCCAGCGCCGUAACCGUUCCCUGGUAACCGAGACCGAGUGGAACCAGUUGCGUGCCCUAUCGCAUGUCUGCUCGACCGUUAUGCGACCGAAGGAUGACUACUAUGGAGGGGCGGCAGAGGAGCGACCACCAGGACCAGAGCCAGGGGGCGAGCACCGUCGGAAGCAGCCCCAUCGAGAGCCGGUGGUACCGGUGCUGGUGAACAUGUCGAUACCGCAGACGGAACUUUUGAACACCUGUAUGUGGAGCUUCAACUUUCGGCCCUGCCAGACGCUGUGGGCCAGGAAGGUGACGGAGAAUGGUAUCUGCUAUAGCUUCAACAUGCUGUCCCACGAUGAGCUGUUCUCGGCUGAUCAGGCAUUUCGCGAGCGGGACCUCAAUCCGGGUGAGCAUUCGCAUCCCUUCAAGACAUUGCGAGCGUCACAGCUCCGGAGCAGCGGUUGGACGAUGGAGAACGGCUAUACGGCCGAGGAGGAUCUGCUGUCCUACCCGCGGCGGACCGCUAGCGGCGGGUUCAAGGGUGGUACGAUUGCGUUGCUCAAGACCGACAUCGACGACCGGGAGUACGUUUGUUCGGGUGCCCAGCAGGGCUAUCGGGUAACGAUUCAUCCACCGGAUGAGUUUCCACGGCUCACCGAGUACCAUAUCCGGGUGCCACCGAUGCAGGCCGUCUCGAUCAUUGUGAAGCCACGGAUGUUGACGACCCAGAAGAGUCUACGUCGGUAUCCUGUUGAGAAACGACAGUGUUACUUCGCUGGCGAACGGAACUUGCGCUACUUUAGGGUGUACAACGAGCAGAACUGUGAGUUCGAGUGUCUCACCAACUUUACGCUACGGACGUGCGGUUGCGUGACGUUCGCGAUGCCCCGUACCAACACGACACCGGUUUGUGGUGCUGAGGAUGUGCGGUGCUAUCGGAAUGCCGCGACCAAGAUGAUGGAACUCGGUGCGGUGAUGAUGGGCACGGAAGGCCACGAGUUGUGUGAAUGUUUGCCGGCCUGUACGACGAUCAAGUACGAUGUCGAGAUCUCGAACGAUUGGCUUAAUCUGGAGCAGAUGCUUGACUCGAUGAUACACAAGGAUCCGGACCGGGAAAAACUCGAACCGAUGCUACUGUACGCGUACUUCAAGGAUAACAAAUUCCUCUACACGAAGCGCGUCGCUUACACCACGUUCAACGGAGAGCUGGCCAGUUUCGGUGGAAUACUGGCGCUGCUGGCCGGGAUGAGCCUGACAAGUCUGGCCGAGAUGGUGUACUUUCUGGUCGUGCGGCCAUUCUGUCAGUGGUUGCGUUCGCAGUAUGGUCCGGUUGGUACCAGCAACACCAGUGCAGCGCCUUCACACGAGAACCAUCUCGCGAGCACCCGUAGCCACCGGGUGUAUCCUUGUCCGUGA